ACUAUGUGACUUCUCUGGGGAGACUUGUAGCUUCUCGGUAUGCGGACGGCCUGUUUCCACGGUUCUGCAGAGCAGAAGAUGGCAGAGUCUACAAUUUGACAGCUAAAUCAGAACUGAUCCAUCGGUUUGUGGAAGACUUAACCCAAGCAGUGGAGUGCUACAAGCAGAGGAUGGACUGGCUCACCAGUCAGAGCCGGCAGGUUUUUGGUGUCAUCUUGGAACAGCGCAUCACCAUAGUGCUCGAUUUUAGUGACAUGCUUGAGAAGGAGCUGAAUCUGUGCCAAGAGGCUCUGAUAAUAGUCCUCCAGGAGCAGGUGGCUUGCAUAAGCAAGUUCAACAUAAUACGCGACUGCCCCAACCCCUGUAGAGCUUGGAGGGUGGGGCUGGAGCUAGCUCAUACGGAGAGCCGUACUUCCAGUAAAGUGGAAUCUCAAGUGGACAAAGCCGCAGGAGACAGAAAAAAAGAAAAGAAAAAGGGAAUAGGAGGAGGGUUCUCUGCCCUAGCGUGUAAUCUCAAUGCGUGUAGUAUGCAGGAAAAGCACUUUAACCAGGGCAUAGAGAGCAGCAGAAAUAUGAUUGAAUCCAUUUACUACUUUGUGGUGGGUGACAUUCCUGAGGAAUCCAAGGAGCUUCUCCUUCAGAGGGCUUUGGAGAUAUCAUAUCCAGUCUGCACAGUGUCCUUCAAUGCCAGAGGAGAAGGCACGGUAGCUUUUUUAAAAGAUCUGAGUGCCAAGAGUCACAGCAGAUUCCAUGCAUUUGCUGAGAGAACAGGGUGUGCGGAGUUUCCAGCAUUGGCCAGAAAGGAUGGUAAAAGUGGAAUGACUUGGAAUUCAUGGAAACUGAAAGGGAAACUUCCUCCAGGAGCCGGCGUCAGAGAGGACGUGUUUCUCAUUUGGAAAGAGAUGGAGGAAGCCUGCAGCACACUGGCCCAGCUCCAGAGACUGGUGACCAACUCUCCCAAGUCUGAUGAGGACGAAAUAGCUUGUGAAUCUGGAGCAACCUUUGUGGAGAAUGAGUCAAAUCCAGAGGACAUUUGGAACUCCAAGAAGUGGCUUCAGAAAUAUGGCUUGAAAGCCCAGAAGCUGUCAUUUUAUGAUGUUCUUGCUGAUUGCUCCUUCCGCCAUGUUGAUGGAGUCGUUGAUAUAAAAGCUAAGCCGGAGAAUGAGUCUGUGAAGACCAGUGCGGAGACAAUCAAGAAAACAGUCCAUGCGAAAUACUGUAGCAGAUUUGUCCAUGCUCCUUGGAAGGAUGGGAGCUUGGUUCAUGUCCAUGUUACCAAAGAGAAAUACAAGUGGUACAGUGAAAGAAUUCAAACAUUCCUGGCCCAAAUUGAAAGGAGGAUUACAUGGCUACAAGAUGGGAGUCAAAUGCUCUUUGGAAAAGUGCUUCAUGAUUGUGUUUAUGUCCUCAUUGAUACAUCUCACUCAAUGAAGGGCAGACUGGACUUGGUGAAGGACAAAAUCAUUCAGUUUAUACAGGAACAGCUGAAAUACAAAAGUAAAUUCAAUUUUGUGACGUUUGAUGCUCAAGCAGUUGCUUGGCAUGAAAAACUUGCUGAGAUUAAUGAAGAAAACUUGAAAAGAGUUCAGUCCUGGGUUAGAGACAUUGAGGUUGGAAGUUCCACAAACAUUCUACAUGCCCUGCAAAUUGCUUUUGCUGAUGAAGAAACACAAGUAAUCUACCUCUUAACAGAUGGGAGACCUGAUCAGCCACCUGAAAUGAUUAUAGACCAAGUCAAAGUUUUUCAGAAAAUUCCUGUUUAUACCAUCUCCUUCAAUUACUAUGAUGAGGUUGCAAAUGGAUUCUUGAAAGACCUUGCUUAUAUGACUGGAGGAGAGUUCCGUUUUUGUCAUUUUGGUUGCAAAGAUUUCUGUCUUCCAGAGACUGUCCAGAAUGAAGAUCUGACUCUUUUAGUGAAGGAAAUGGAGCAGGGGAGACGUGACCUGGAGAAGGUGCAAGACCUUUAUUCUGAGUCCUUGAUCAUGGACUGGUGGUACAAUGGAGAAAAGGAAGGCGACAAGAACAAGCACCAAAAGGAAAUCUGUUCGAUGGUUUCAACAACAUGUACAAAACCUCAACCUGAAGUUGAAUCAACUGAAACAUUAUCCCCAUCUGUAUCAAAAGCACAGUGGGGCCUUCCAAAUCAAAUGAUUCAGAAAAAGAAGGUCCUCCAUGCAGAACCUACCAGAACCAGCCUGCUCAGAAGCCAAAUGUCCACCUUGAAGAGCUCAGCCUGCAAUGAAAAGAAGGAUGGCCUCUCCAACUGCAGCAGCUGGACGGUCACUUCAAGUGACCAAGGGAAGCCAGAAGAAGAAAUGAACAUUAUCCUGCUGACAGAGGAGCUUACAGAUGACAGAUCGCUUGAAAGAUCUGCUCAAGAAGGAAGCCAAAUUUAUGACCAAGAUUCUUUAGAUGUGUCUUCAGCAAACUGGCUCAAGACCCAUGGCUUGAUAGCCAAGAAACUUACCAUCAUGGAUGCCUUGUCAGCAACAGCAGUCCCUCACAAUGCCACCUACAUUCCAGUUCUGGACAAGCAUGUUGUUUCCAAGGUCUUUGAUGAGGUGUUCCCUCUGGCUCAUGUGUGCAAUGACACCAAUAAGAUGACAUUAAUUAACCCCCAAGGAGUGAAACUCAAUAUCUACAAGCAAAAAGUAGAACAAGCAAUUAAGUCCUAUGAAAAGCGCUUAAAUAAAAUCGUGUGGCAAGCGUUAUCUGAAGAGGAAAAAGAAAAAUUAGAUGCAAACAAACCAAUGCAGUACUUGGAAAACAAAGCAGCUUUAAAUGAGGCACUGGAACGGUUGAACUGGCCCAUUUCACUGACAGAAUUGUCAUUGUUGGAAAAUGAAAUCUUAGCUGGGAAAAUGUACAUCCAGCAGGCCAUGGAACUCCAGGAAGCUGCCAAGAAGGAAAAUUAUGUGAGCAAGCAACAGAAAUCACCAGGAAAUCCAACAAAGAAAAGCAAAUCUAAAAGACUGGACACUCUCAAAGGCCAGAAAGUUAUUGCAAGAUGUGAUGAAAAUGGCUUUUAUUUUCCAGGGGUUGUGAAGAAGUGUGUGAGCCCGACCCAUGCGCUGGUGGGCUUCAGGUAUGGAGACACCAAGGUUGUGCCCACCUCUUGCAUCACACCUGUGGGGGGCGCCAUGCCCUGCCCAGUGCUCCAGGUCGGAGAUUACGUGUUUGCCAAAAUUGUGAUACCCAAAGGAUUUGACUUCUAUGUCCCUGCCAUUGUCAUAGCCCUUCCGAACCAAGAUGUACCUGAAGAUAAGUUCUACACAGUUUUGAAAUGUAACAACCGGAGGGAAUUCUGCCCUCGGAGUGCACUUAUUAAGAUCAGUCAAAACAAGUAUACUCUCUCUUGCUCUCAGAUAAAGUCACCCCCAAUUCAAGAGGAUCCAAAAGUGCAGGAAAUGGAGAAGAAUUCUGCUUCCAUACUAUGGCCACUGAAAGAAGUUGACACUGAGGAUUUCAGAGAGCUAAAACAGAACCCUAGAAGGAAGAAGAAACAUGCCAAGAAACCAGAUCCCCAGGAGAAGAUAUUCUCAGACUUGGAUAAUUCUUCUUGUGACCCCCAAGAGUCCCACCACAAGAAACACCCCAACCCCAAGGUGGGAGGGGAACAACAUCAUUUAUCUCCAGACCAUCUGGACAUCUCUUUUGAAAAUAGUUCACAUGAGAUCAUCCCACAGUUUCCAGGCCAGUUUCAGUCCCAUUGUAACAAGGACUCUAACACCUGUAAGUAA